AUGAUCUCCGGCAGUUCUUGGAGCUCUGAAGCCAGCUGCACCGCCGUUGCCGCAGUGCACCAGCACCUCAUUUGUGUUCGACUUCUUCCAAGUUGUUCUCAUCUUGUUUCGACAGUGUCAAUGGUGGAUUCACAGAAUGUUGAAGGUUACAGGCCUGCUCCGGAUUUUGAGGAAGAUAGGAGAAGUGCACUCCUUAAUCUUGAGAUGAAUGACUCCACUGAGCUUUGGCUCAUUAAGUUACCCUUUUCAACUUCAUCCCACCAAAGCAGGAUGGAGCAUAUGUUAUCCGAGAUUGAUGGGGAGGAAUUGUCUUUCAAUCUUCAUAGUGAUGGAAAACUUGCCAGCUUUGAGGACUCAUCUGAGAAACUAUAUGAUUUUGUCAGCUACCCUUCCCAGGAGCCAGAUGAAAUGGUUUUUGUUCCCUCUCCUACAGAACCGAAAAUCGCUGGAAAGAUUUCACGGCGAGUAUCUAUUGUACAUUACCCAGAUCCUAAAGAACUUGAAGAACGCAAGAUUAUUGCAAAACAUGCGCAUCAAAAUUCUUCAGGAGUCACAAAGACAACUUCGUCCCGAUAUUUCUCAACACAGAUUUCUGGUCGUGCAGGUUCUUCAAAAGGUAGCAGGAAAAGCUCCGUUUCUCAAGUUAGUGAACCAUCAAAUGCUGCAGAACGCACCAGUGGAAAAAAAGUGUCCGAGCUCUCCCAUGGUAAUAGCACUGGCAUUUCCGGCAUGUCUUCCGAUCAUUCUGAUGGAGGAAAAUCAAAGAAGAGAAAGCAUAAGGAGUAAUGUUUUUGUUCUCUUUAUUAACCGGAAUUAUAGUAUGACGUUCAAAUGUUGCAUUUACAUGGACCUUUAAAAGGUAUGAAAAUGAGGUACUUGAGUUGUGUUUGUUAGAGUUGGGCAGUAGGAUUUUUGCACUCUCUUUGUUUCCCUUCGUACGUUAGAACCCUAUAUUAAUUUGUUCAAAUAUUUUGGUUAAUUGGUGUAAAAAAUUGGUAUUUCUUUAUUAGUGAAAGUAUGGUUGAGAGAAAGAGAACAAUUGAUACUUGUCGGUCGAAUACAAAGUGGAUAUUAAUUAUUACUUUUCCCUCUGGUUAGAGGAGAGGCCUUAGCUUAGCUAUUGUCUCAAGAGAAUUACACUUAUGAACCUAAGAGGCUGGCUUCGAAUGUUAAUG